AUGGAGGCUAGUAAUCACAAAGAAGAGGAGGAUGAAUAUCCAAAGGCCUGGGGAGAGUUGUCUCCAGAGAACAAGCUUGAUUACUUGACUAAACUCUCAAACCUUUACCAAUCAAAUGAAUUAACUGAUGCUAAGAUUGAGACUUAAAUCUAGAUUGGCAUGAACCUUAUGAAAGGUUAAGGCUCAUCAGAGGAAUUUCUAUUCAGUGAGAAUCUAUUCUCAAUCAGUAAAUCUGAUAACGUAGAAAAGUUCAGUCAGUAAAUGAGAUCACUAUAAUAAAACUACGAUGAGUCCACUUGCAUUGCCUUGGCUGAGAGUGGUUAUGUGAAGAAUGAUAAGUUCCCUGAGAUCAGAGGGCUGCUUCACAUUCAAAAAGAAAUUGAGCAAAAACUGCUGAGCACCUAGGAAGAUAGAUCAAACCUUCUAGUAGUUCUCUGGAGUACAUAAUGCCCGAACUUAGAGGAUUAUCUAAGCCAGAUAAACAGCCUAACUCUUGAAAUAAAACAGCAAUGCUCAACCUUCAAGUGCUUAGCAAUAAACAUAGACAGAAUAUUCUUGUAUAACGAGACUAUUCAAAAGAUAUUGAUAGAUAAGGUAAAUGUAACUUUCCUAAGAGAUAGCAACUUUUCAUAAGUCAACAACUUGUUUGCCACAAGAUUCGUCAGAAAUGUCCGCAGCGCUGCUAGCACUACACCAUUUAUCAUCGUUGCAGAUUCACAAGGAGUCAUAUAAUAUGCCUAACCAAAAAAGAGUGUCGAUAAGCUUGGCUUGAAACUGAAGGCAUUAAUUUUAGAUAAUAAAAAAGAAGCGUUUACCUAAAGGAUCAAGGAGCCAUUCAUAUAUACCGACUCAGCCCAGUUUUAGGAAAAAUUCAACUCAAUUGUAGAGUAUUUCCACACAUUUUUGGCUACAAAUGAAGAACAGUACCCAAAUCUAAGAUAGAUAUUGAUGGCAUUCCCUUGGAAAGGGAUCAUCGUCCUAAAUUUAAGAAGAUAUGACGCAAGUCUGAGCUUAAACUAAGGUCAUAAGGCCUCAUUCAUUAUAAAUCUAAAAGCUAAGUCCAAUGACUUAAAGAUUGUAAAGGAGUUGCUCGAUAAAAAGCUAGAAGAAUUCAAGGGAGAAGGAUUUUACUUUAAGUUCAAUGUCUAAGAAAUACCUAUCAUGAGUGUAAAGUGCAUUAAUAACUGUGAGAAGUGUAACGUAGACCUAUAGAAUGAACAACAAUACAUCCUUAUGAAUGAGAACAAUGAGCAAACUCACAACUAUUGUUAUAACUGUGCUUCAAGAAUGGAAGAGCCAUAGAUAUUUGCAAGCAGCGAUAGACAUAUAGAGAGUUUAAUAGCUUAGAAUGUAGUGAAGCGAGAUAUGACUAAGAGAUUCUCAGCCACAGCAGUUUAAUGUGAUGCCUGCAAGUCCUUCUUCGAUUCAAACAGGUACAAAUGCGCCUACUGCAGUGACUUUGAUCUAUGCGAGAGAUGCUUUGAUGACAUUGAGAUUGAAGGAGAGCAAAGGUAUGAUGAUGAAUUCGAGCAAUGCUCAGCCCAUCAAAGAGGUAAACAUCCUUUCUGGGUCGUCAAAGACUUUAAAAGCUAUGAGUUUAUAUGA